UCCGCCUCGUGCGAGCCCCGACUAGCCGAGUUAGCCUAGCGCGUUCGACGGGCUCCGCGAGCCCGACUGCGUGUUCCGCUGGCAUCACGAGCUCGGCCGCCCGCCUGCGCGUGGCGCCGGCCUGAGAAGAAUUAGUGUGUGCGUCCGGAUCUUCUGUCUGCGGUGUUUAAUUAGCGAACGGUAAAAGGACUCGCGGGAAAACUGAGGCAGCCAAAGCAGCGCGUGCUCUGGGACGCACACACGUCUCGUUAUAACAAAACUGAAGGGAGAGGAACGUCAGACAGAGAAGGAAGCCCUCCCAGGAACGAUGCACUGAUUUCCAGUUGUGAACUUAACUGGCGAUGAGUUGGGUGACGGAAGACUGGACAGCUGGGCUGUCUGGUCGAGCUCUGCAGAAGGUACGGCAGCUGGAAGCCCAGCUGGAGCAACUGAAGCGAGAGAAGCAACAGAGGCAGAUAAAACUAGACAGUGCGGAGACUGCCCUUAGCAAGGAGAAAGUCAAGUACGAUGAGGUGCGCUCAGAGCUGGUGGCUUUGCAACGGGAGCUACAGAGCACCCGGGAAGAAGCUCAGGCAGGGCUCCAAGCUCGUGAACGCCUCUCCCAGGAGCUGCAGGUGAAGCAGGCCCAGGUGUGCAGUCUUGAGGGACAGCUGGGUGCAGCUCGCACGCUCACUAAUACCCUGACACAGGAGGUCAAACGGUUGGAGGCAGAGCUUGAGAAGCUGGAGAAUGCCAGCAGCUCAGGGGACUCGGCACUGUUCUCCACACCGUGCUCGACUAUAUCCUCCUCAAGGGACCACGGCUCUCGAUGGGAAGAGAGGGACAGGCAUAAAGGGAACACUGACAUCAAAGCGCAACACAUCCGACAGCUGCAGUUCAGCAAUCACAGCCCUAGACUGCCAGUGGACGGAGUGUCGUCUCCCCCACAACCAUAUACCAGCACGCCCGUUCAUCGAACAGGCCGCCAGCUGAAUUCCUCAACUCCUUCAGCCAUUUUUCCAUGGGAACAAGACGAUGCUCCUUCCAUCCCCAGGGGAAGUUCGCUUUCAUUGUCACAGCCUAGGAGUGAAGCCAUUGAUCCUCAGAGCCCAGGGGACUGUAGGUUGGAGAAUAAUCUCCGAAAAGAGAAUGAUGACCAGCAGUCAGUGAUCCAGGAACUGCGCGCAGUGGUCCUGUCCCUGAAGCAGGAGGUGCGUGUAGCCUCAGAGCAGCGCCACAGUUCGGAGGCGAGACUGCUGGAGGUGCAGGACAAGCUGUCAACCCGUGAACACACCUUGACCCGCACCAGAGAGGAGCUCUCUCGGAUCAGUGCCUCUCUGGAGAAGGAGAGCAACAGGGCUCAGGCUGCAGAGCAGAGGGUGAAGCAGCUGCAGGAGGAACUGAGCUGUCAGAGGCAGAAUGCAGAGAGCAGCCGACUCAGCGCGGAACAGAGCAGGAAAAAACUGGAGAAAGAGCACCAAAGGGAGCUGCUGGAGCUGCAGAGAGACAUUCAGGCCAUGGAGAGGCAGCAGCAGCAGGAGAUCAGCAGGUUGAAGCAGGAGGUCCAGCAAGCCCAGGCCCUCCAUAACACAUUACAGGCACAAUGUGACAAGAUAUUGCUACAGAAGCAGGCUGUGGAGAAAGAGCUGGACACGGUAAAAGGGAAACAGCAGUGUGCAGAGAAAGAGCUGCAGGAGAGUCGCCGGGCAGAAGCACAGAUCCAAGCCAAGCUGACGGAGGCACUUCGAGAGAAGGACAGCCUAGCUGUGAGCCGGGAGCAGAGCGAGAGGAGGGCCAAAGGCGUGGAGGAGGAAGUGAAGAGGCUGACACAGGAGCUAAACGAGGCUCUGAAACUGCUGGCAGAGCUGCAGGCCCAGCAUGCUGCCCCUGCCACUCCAGUGGUGCCUGCCCGCUUCACCCCAGCUGGAGACUGUUUCCCCAUCUCAGUUACUGCCCACCACGAACGUCCUCAUCGACCCCUACUUUCACAGAAGAAGGGCCCAAAGCAGGAUGGUCUGAAGGAAGAACAGCUGGAUGAGAGGGCGAGCAGUACAGACAGGGCAAGGUAUCCCACUGACAGAGAGCCAGGGGAGGGCAUUGAUGCCAAUGACAUGGUAGAGUUUGGGUCCAAAACAACAACAAGAUCAAAGGGUGAAGGAGAGAGGAGGCUGUAUCAGGACGAGAGGGAUGGUGACAUUAAAGAGGAGUGCAAGGUGAUGAUAAAUCAAUACAGCACAUGUGAUAUUGAAGUAUCUGAAAAUUUAUGGAACAAUACCAUGAGAGAGAAGACCAAUCAGGAAGAAUUGGAACAACAGGGCCUUUGCCGUGAUAGUCAAAUAAAAGAUUUUGAGGGCAAACAAGACCAGUGCUCCCUGCAGGACCUGAAAAUUGAGAACUUGGCCCUUUGUGAUGCGCUGAAGGAGGCAAAACAAGAGCUGGAGUUGAGGUUGGAGGACCUGGAGACCCAACGGAGGGCAGAGACAGAGGCCAGGACCAAGCUCAAGCAGGUGUGCCGCAAACAUUCCUCUCAGGUGGAGCAACUGCGAAAGAGAACUCAGGAGCUGAGAGAUGAAAGCGGGAAGCUGGAGAAACAGCUGGAGGAGGAGCAAGCUGAAACUGCAAGGCUUCGUGAGGCUUUGGCUACCCUGGAGCAAAGAAGCAGAGAAGUGGAGGAGUGGAAAGAGACUGAAAGGGACAUGAAAGAGCAGAAUGCCUCUCUCAGGGUGGAAAUUGAAGAACUGAAAUUGGAGCUCAAGAAAGAACGAGAUGAUAGAGAGAAAGAGAAAGAGGACAGAAGAAAGGAGGAGGAAGCGAGGAGACAAGCGAAAGAACAGGAGGUGGAGGCAAGGAGAGCUUUCGCAGAUCGGAUUACAGAGCUUGAGGCAGAGCUGCAAGGGGAAAAGAAAAGGAGCGGUGAGAAUGACGAGGUUGGAGAUGCCCCUUUAGGCACUUUGUUGUUGAUGGGUAACAGCAAGGAGCGUUCUAAUGACAACAGUAAUACUGUCUUUGCAGUAGAUGGCAUACUGCCAUCAUCACAUGACCAUUCAUCUUCUUCCUCUGAGCCACACAGCAUAAAGCAUAAAAUGUAUUGCACCAACACUCAGGGACCUGAACUGAAAACAGAGGGUAAUCUAGAGAGCCCUUUGAGAAGGAAAGAGAAGCAGGCAGAGAUGAAGGAAGGUCUAUACAGUGAAGAGACUGUCCAGCUGCUUCUUGAAGUGGAAUGCCUUCGAGCAGCUUGCAAGGCUCUGCAGGUGGAGCGGGACAGGGAGGCAAGCCAGGCUAAACAGGCCCAGAGCAAGCUGGAGACCCUGCAGGGCCAGGUGACCAGUCAGACAAAGCAGCUCACACUUGCCUUUGAGAGACAGAGCUGCCACAUCGAGGACCUGCUGAAAGAGCUGAAUGACAGAGACAAUGCUAUCCUCACACUGGAGGGGGAACUGCAGCACUAUCAGGGCCAGAUAGAUGCAUUAAAAUCAGAGAAGCACAAUGUGAUGGUACAGGUUGGUACUGACAAGAUUAAAUCCAUGGAAAAUGUCAUGGUCACACCAGACUGCCAAGGUGAACUUGCCAUAAUAGGUAAUAAAGUUGUUAGCAGCAUGUUGGAGGAUCCUGAGCUUUUGCAGCCUGUGAUAACAUCUCUUAGUCACCAGGGGCUGUGUGAUGAUAGUGCUGACUUGCAGAAUCUGGAAAGAGCUCUUUGCGACUUAAGGGCUGACAGUGAAGAACUGAAGGGGAAGCUUGACGCUUGUGUGUCUUUGAAGAAAUCGGGUGAAGUAGGUGCAGACAAAAGUGGCCUCACUGAAGACAUGGCCACACAAAGAUUAGCUGAAGAGUUCAAGGCAGUCCAGACUCAGGUUGUACAUGAAAAGACUGCGAAUGAAAAGUGUCAGUUAGCAGUAGUUACAUGUGGUAGCAAACAAGAACAGCAAUGUUUAGAUUCAACGAUCCAGCAGAGCUCAGUUAAUGACGAUGAAAACGUUGGUGGUGUCACCAAGAGGUAUUCAGAUGAACUGCAUCCUGCUGAGAGGGUCCUGGACCCACUAGAUUUGAAAGAGGCUGAUGAACUCAUGUCAAAGAAUAAAGAAGUGACAGAGGUUAGACAACAAAUACAACAAACUAGUGAAGAGAAUAAAGUCAGUGACAUUAAGAUCUUAACAGAAGAAUUGUAUUUAAUUAAGCUUGAGAACAAAGAGUUGAAAUUGAAGCUUCAGGCACUUUCAGAGAAAGAAGGAAGAAUACUAAACCUUCAGAAUGACUCAAACAGAAAGUCUACAGACAGGUCUGAGAAGAAAUUUCAAAUGAACCAGGACAGAUUAUUCGAACUACAUCAGGAUACGGAGGAGGUGGAUUCAAGCCGCAGCCAGCAAAGUACUGUUGUCACUUCAGACUGUGAAAGUAUCAAAGAUAGAGAGUCAAAAUUGACUUUGCUAAACCCCCUUGAACUGGGGGGAGAAAAUAAAGUAAAAGAGAGCAUUUCUGCAGAUGGAAGAGCAUUGCAUCAAAGUAGCGUUCUGGUAAACACAGAUGGGAUUUUUCCAGAUGUUCAAGAAUGCGUUGAUACUAUUAAUGCAUUAGUAGCUGAAAAUAGGAAAUUAAGGUCCUGGGCUUUCUCAGUUUGUCCACCUGAUAAAUGGGGGGAAAUUCCUGCCAUCACUGAGGGCCUGCAGAAGUGGAUGGGUUGUUUGAACAGUGGUGGUGAUACUACACAUGCUGCAGAGAGUCUGAGUCCAGCGCUUGUUCAAUCAACAGCUGCAGAAGAAGUGGUUCUGAGUGAAGAGAGAAAAGACACAAUUACCCAAAGGUCUCUGGAACCAUCUUCUGCUCAGAGUCUCGUCCCUGAGACCAGUGGACUGAAUCUGGAAACUGCAGAUGCCCAGGUGGCCCAGAUGGUAAAUGAGUGCCAUGAUGCAACAUCCCAGAAGAAGAAUGAUGCCAUCAGGUUGCUGGAUGAUUCUGUGAUAGCGUCUCAGGCAAGGGAGAGCCUGCAGAAACACAAGCAGGAGGCAGGACUACCUGUGGUCUCUUCGAGGAUGUCUGCAAGGGAGCUCGAAGAAGCCAAGGGAGUCCAGGCUAGCAGCACACAGACUGGCCUGGGGGAGGACAAGCACAAAAACGCCUCACCGCAGAUCAAGUUUCUGGAGCAGCAGUUGCUGGAGCUGCAGUCCCAGCUCUCCAUCUUAACUGAGGUGAAUCAGAGGCAAGCAGAAGAGCUGGAGGUGUGGAAAAUGACAGGAGACUCUGUCACACCCGAGUUCUUUGAGGAGCCAACAAUCCACACUGGCAAAGGUUCAGUAGUGGUGCAACGUGAAGACCACUUGCUGCUCUCCUGUCAGGUGUCAGCGAAGUAUGGUCAUGUUCCUGAAAACCCCCAGAUCAAAGCAGUGGUUCAUAGAGAUGCUGAGUUUGUGAGAGAAGUGGCACAGUGCAAUGUUACUGAUAGAUGUCAUCGGAAACAUGUUAUCAGUGGCGACCAAGAAGACACCAGAGAAUCCAUCCAGCUCAGACCAAGGCAGCAGGUGCUAAGAAGUGCAGAUUACCGAAAAAUAAAAGUGGAACCCGCUGACGGUAGAAUGGACUAUGUUAUGCCAAGUCUCUGUGUAGACAGUCACACUGAAGGCACAGUUAAAGCUGAAUUCCACACCAAAGUUACCAGUAAUCAGGGAAAUCCAGCAUAUGCUGUGGAAGAUGCUGAGUUCAUGAAGAUUGAUUCCACCUUUCAGGCUGCAGGUUCUCCUUUAGAUCCUGUGAAGAAGAGCGAGUACCCCUGUGGGCCAGGGAAGGAGGUGAGGAGCAUGGGAACCCAGACUGAGGACAUGAGUCAUAUUUUGGAUUUGAGUGUCCAUGCUGGUGCUCAGGAAAUGCUCCAAAUUGGCACGCAGACAGAACCUGAAAAUCUGAGGGAGCAGGGGAAUAUGGAAGCUGGCGAAGAGUCGGACAAUAGCACGGAGUCUCCACCACUGUCAUCUGCAGCUGCAUCAAAGUUAGCGAACAGAGCACUGUUGGCCGGGUCGUUCCCCUUCCCUGUUGACCCCGCUCACUUGGCAGAGAGGAUACGUCGGCACCGCAGCCACAUGUCAGCUGCUUUUGAUGACACUGAGUAUGAGCCCUAUGGGCUACCUGAGGUCGUCAUGAAGGGUUUUGCUGACAUUCCGAGUGGCCCUGCAUGUCCCUAUGUCCUGCGGAGGGGACUCCUGGGGACCUCCACAUUGCCUCUGGUCCUGAGACAGCAGGAAGAAGGGGACAGACAACAGGCAGAAGAUGAGCUGGAACCCUGAAACAGAGAGAAGAAGAACAAAAUCCAGCAUAAGAAGGUGAAACGGAAGACUGUGGUCCUUCAUUCCAUCCAUUGAACAGUGCAGUCAGGGCAUACAUCAACCAAAGCUGCUCAGAUAAUGUUCCCAGCCAGGUUGUUAUUUUUUUUGGAUGCUGCAACCAGCCAGUGAUUUCAGGUUAAUGUAAAAUGCAUCAUCCUUUCAGGGCUUCUGAAGGAGAAAAUUGUACAGGUGCAUUUGCCAUGGGGCACGAGUUUAUGGAAACUGUAACCAGUUUUGGCCAUGAUUUUCACUCACGUUUUAAAUGUUGAAAGAUUGUACCCAAAUUGAGUUUCUUUGUAGGGUCCUGUCCUUAACGAUAAACACACAUGCUACUGUCACUACAGGAGAGACACUACUGCUACCUGCCUCAUGAAGCUUUUUACUUCCUUCUUUCUUGAAUGUUACUAAAGUUUUGCAUGAAUUACUUUUAAGUGAAUUAAGAAUUUGUACGUAUUGUACUUUUUGAUGUCAUCUUCAGAUGGACUCCAGGUAGAAUGUCUUGGAAUUGGGGGUGUUUUGCUCUGUCUGCUCUGAAAAAUAAAUGCUUGUAGGGCCACACCUUCUAAGUUAAGCUAUUUUUUUCUAUUUAAGUCCAUUUUGUUAAUAGGAAAAACAUUAGUAGGAAGUGCAGCGCUUUCAAUGAAUCGGAACGAAGGUCAGCUUUACUUUACUCUGAUUCAGAGUAUUUGUAAAACAUAUAUAUUUUCUUUUACAGCAACUCUCCGGUAACCAUUCUUCAGUUAGGAGAGUUGAAUUCUUGUGUGUGUGUGCGUGUGUGUGUGCUUGCGUCUGUCAACUCACAUUAACUAAGACUGCCUUUCCUCUCCAUUUAUGGUGAUCAGCGUUUGCAGCGUUUGUUAUUCUUACUCUAUCAGUCUUUCACUUACACACUUACACACACCAUCUAAAACACAGCUGUAAGACUGACAUACACAGACAUGCUGCCUUACAAAAUGUACUUCUUAAUGUUUGACAACCCAACAACGUAAUAUUUACUUUGAUUCUAUAGUUUUGUACGUACAAGAUUUUGACAUUUAGACUGUUUUAACCUUGUAAAUGUUACAUUUCUAACCCAGGCAAUCUAAUGAAUAUUCCUGUAGUUUUCCAGCUGUAAUUGUAGAUAAAUACUGGCAUAUCAGCAAUAACACAGCCAAUCUGCCGUUAUUUGUUUCACGUGUACAGCUAUACAGUGUAUGCUUUUGUGGUAACAGACGUGGUCUGUGUACGAAAACGUUUUGACUAUUAACUUGUUAAGGAGUAAAAUGUUUGCUGCACUUUUCAACUUUUUAUUUUUUCACUGUCGCUCAGUCUUGGUUUUGCACUGGCCUGCUGUGAUUUUGCUGCGACGAAAUGUACUUGAGACAAAGGAGUAAGACACUUCAGUGGAGAUGAGCUUUGAAUACCUUGGUCAGCAGCAAAAUGACCUGUGCGUGUUUGUGGUUUUUUUUUUGCUGAUGUAGAAGUUUGUUCAAACAGCCUUGAGAAAUGGCAGGCAGUGAUGGGUUUCCCAAAAAUGUGCUGCACUUGUUAGGCAACAUUGGUACAGCUUUGUUUAAGGAGAUCAAAGGAACAGGAGAUGCUAAAGAUUAAGGUGCUUAAAUGUGACUGAGUACUGAAUAUUGAGAGCACAUGGAAACGUUGGGAGUGACUCAUUUUGGCACGGCACCACAUGUUCUGUUCCUCUCUAGCAGUUUACAUCCUGGGACACCUUCCAGGUACUGUUACUUGAGUGGGACUUUAUUCUUUUUGUGAUUGUUGUUUAUUUAUUUGUGUUACA